CUGGUGCGAGGGCGCGGCAACUCCCACUGCUUAUCCACUCAAAGUUCUUUCUGAGUUGCGCUUGGAAUUCGUUAUGUCGAGAGGCACCGGCCACCUCUUGAAGGUCGUAAAGCAAUAUGCGGACAUUUACUAUAAAAUCUUCAGGGCUCGAUACGGGCAGCAGUUAAUCGACCUGUGCGAGUUCCCAAUCAAGCUCGUUUUGUCUCCUUUCACUCUUGCUUAUGAUAUUGCCGGCUCUGCUCCCCGUGGCUUCGGUGUUCCCGAGUUCAUUUCUCAUCUUUCCUUCUCUGCAAUAUUUGCAGUUGCUACUCUUGGCACUUACGAUAUUGCCUUGGAGUUGGGGAAGAAGGUGCUUUGUCAAAGGAAUUGUAGGACCUGCAAUGGAUGGCAAGCAUUGCGGUGCACUAUGUGCAAAGGUAUAGGGAAGGUGCACUAUCAAGUCAAAAAUUACACCUUGAAAAGUGGUGAGAGGGAAACAGCUGAGUGUGUUGCAGAUGCCAUUGCUGACAACAGGGCUGAGUUGGUGCACCUUCCUUCUACUGUUGAUCUAAAACUGCCACUGCCCUCCAAAGACUGCCCAACUUGCAGUGGAUCGGGGGUGAUGAGUUGUCCAGAAUGUAAGCACAAAUUACAAGUUAGGAUUUCUGCUGAUGAUAUUAUGGAGCCACCAUGGAAAGCAUAUAAUGUCUUGAGAAAGAUGGACUAUCCAUAUGAGCAUAUUGUUCACAGCAUGAAAGACCCAAGCGUUGCAGCUUUUUGGUUGAUAACAAUGCCUCAAAUUUUGGGAGGAUUCAACUACGAUGAGGAUGUGAAGCAAAAAAUUUGGUGGCAAUACAAGGAGUCUAUGCGGUAUGAUCAAAUUCGUGAUGUAGUGGCCAAGAGAAAACCUGGCUGGGAGCACUUACAGGAAGCUCUCAUCUCCAUAGAUCCGGUUCGUGCAAGAGAUGACCCAGUAGUUGUGAAAAACAUCCCUUAUUAUAAAGCUAGGAAGGCUUUAGAGGCAGAAGUCAUGAAGCUUGAUGUCCCACCACGGCCGGAUAAUUGGGGUGAGCUGAACCUUCCAUUGGAUGCAUCUUCUUGGAGUGAUGAAGAGCUCAAAGAUCCAAGGAAAUUAUAUGAGAUGACUGUUCUUCUCAAUGCUCAGAGAGAAAUGGCUGAUAAAAUCUUGGACUCACAGUGGGAAGAAAAAUGGCGCCAAGAGAAGUUGAAUGAGCUACUGGAAGAGAAGGUACGGCCGUACAUACAGAGAUUGGACACUGGUGUUCUUCCUCGGCCUAUUAUUAUACGGUCUCAACAUCAAGAAAACAAGAAAAGGACAAAACGGCGCUGGUGGCUAUUCUGAUUAUCAGAUCAUGAUGACGGAUUUUGCCAUGCUUCCCCCCUUUUCUUUAUUGCUGGAUUUACAUCAUGUUUAAUGUAUUUUGAGCAUUUCUCUUUCCAAAGUAUCCUCUUAUGUGGCUCAAUUUUUGCAUCUUUCAGCAGUACCUGUUAUUUAUCCAAUGCACAAGGAAAAAAACCUGUACAUUGAGGAAACUUCCAAAUGUUGCAGCAAGAUGUAUUCAAUAUAAUAGCAAGCUGACCACUUUGUGUUGGUCUCCUUGUUUGUUUGCCCCACUUAA